CUGUCCGGCAACGUUGUGCGGCAAGAUGGCGGCGCCCUGCGUUGCUGCCAUGGAGGAAGGUUGCUGCGCAUUUUAAAGCGUCAUAAGCGUAAACUUAGUGGCGGGCGACGGCGUCGCGCAGCGUGACCUCGUCCAUGUCCUUGUUCGCAAUUCUAGGUUUAAGCGAAGCGAAAUAAGUCGCGGGUGAUCUCAACAAGAUGCGGUACGCGCAGCUCGUCAUGGGUCCCGCGGGAAGCGGCAAGAGCACUUACUGCAGCACCAUCGCCAAGCAUUGCGAGGCCGUCGGCCGCACCGUGCACGUUGUCAACCUGGACCCGGCGGCCGAGUACUUCGACUACGACGUUUCGUUCGACAUCCGGACUCUGAUACACGUCGACGACGUCAUGGAAGACGAGGAGCUCAGGUUCGGUCCCAACGGGGCGCUCGUGUUCUGUUUCGAGUACCUGACCGAAAACGUGGAGUGGCUCCAGGAGCAGCUCGGCGAGGACAGCGACGACUACUUCCUCUUCGACUGCCCCGGCCAGAUCGAACUCUACACGCACCUGGACGUCAUGAAGCGACUCAUCCGAACGCUGGAGAGCUGGGAGUUCCGCGUGUGCGGCGUGUUUCUGAUCGACUCGCAGUUCUUGGUCGACACGUCCAAGUUCUUCUCGGGCGUCCUGUCGGCGCUCGCCGCCAUGGUCAACUUCGAGAUACCGCACGUGAACGUCAUCACCAAGAUGGACCUGCUGAACAAGGCGGGACGCAGGAAGAUCGGCCGCUUCCUCGAGCCCGACGCCAGCCUGCUGCUGGAGGACGACAGGCUGGACGAGAGGAACGCGCGGCUCUCGGAGGCCAUCGCCAAGGUCGUCGAGGAGUACAGCCUCGUCAAGUUCAUGCCGCUGAACAUCAAGGUGGAGGAGAGCGUGGGCGAUCUUCUGCUCGUCAUAGACAACGCCAUCCAGUACGGCGAAGACCUGGACGUUAAGACGCACGAGUUCGAUCAGGCGGAUCGAGACGGGGACGGUGACAUGCCCUACGGUCUGGUGGAUUGACGAGGCUGUAUGCAUAAGAAGACUGGCGCGCUCACCCUGUAACGUACUAUCGGUCGCUGGUGAAUGCGAUUCUUCAGUGCGAUUCCUUCUUGAAAUCAUUACAUAAUCAUAGAUAUCGUAUUUUCAAUAAGGUGUUCAGGUGCGCUCAUGUGCAACCUGCCAGCGUUACAUCAUGAUGCCGAAACACCAUCUUUUACAGCGUACGAGGUAUGCACUUCAGCUGCCACUCAAACACACUUCAUGAAGCAGCACAUUCAUUGUAUCGGGAAUUAAAUUAUGGCCUGAUCUUUUGGUUCUUUUAUACAUAGAAGCGAUACAGCUGCAACAACUGCAGAUACAACUGCAGUGUUGUUUUACAGUGGACACAUAGAACAAUGGCUAAAAGAUGCAUAAUGAUUUGCAUGCAUUUGCACUAUUUCCUUGCGCUCUUUUAGCCUGUGUGCUUUACAUUGCUUCAUUAGGCAUUUUAUUUCAAGGGGGCUUGCUUGGCAAUGACCAACAUAUUUAUGUGAUGCUGUUAAGUAUAAGCACAGCAGUAUAAAUAGAAUUUUCAUUUUGUUUUAAUGUGCUGAAAUUCCAAUUGUCAUUAUUUGGCCUUUAUGAAACGUGCGACAUAUUUUGCCUGCUACUAUCCUAAAAGGUGCAAUAUCUUUUCACUGCAGUAGUGUUUUCUUGCAGCGAUUUGUUGCAUUACACUUAGAGUCUGUUCACCAAGUAUCUACCAUAUCCAUUAGCGCUUUAAGCCAUGAUUACACUUUGUCUUAACAGACCUAUGGCACUGUAGGCUAUGGUACUCCAUGCCGUAGCCAUACAGUUGUUGCUGUAAUGUCAUUAACCACCCGAAAACCUUGAUAAGAGUACAGCACACAGUUUUUCACCCCUCACGAACAGUCAUAAGCCUAAGUGUACAAUUAUGUACACCCGUGAGCAAAAGUUUACGGACCAGGGUUAUGGACCAGUCCAAACUUGGAAUUACAAAUUGUCUAGUGCGCUUGUCAGUUUUUGUUAUGCAUGUUAACUACAAGGAAAUUCUGUUUUUUUUUGUAACCCUGUACGUAUACUUUUGCUCACGGGUGUACAACUGCAAAGGAAGGCUCCAUUGUUCAGGGUAUUCGGUACUGAAUUUAUUCCUAACAUUGAACCACAUUCACCGUACACAGCCUUGCACAACUGCAGUGGCAUAGAUUUGAGCAAUAAAAAUAUAGAGGUAUCAUGCAGAUGACAACUAGGGAGUGCCUUGAGGACUAUGUAACAAGAGCUUGACAAGCCGCAUGUUUGAGACUCUGGUUUGGGGACAUGCAUUUAUUAAAUCACACUCCUGGCUUGUUUGUACAAA